UGUUAUCCUCCCCCCACAGCGCACGAUAGAAAAGUUUCCUCCGAGGCACCAUUUUUCUCUCCAAUAAAAUACUCUAUACUAUUGACGGACUCUCUCUCUCGCUCGCUCUCUGUCUGCGCUUCUUAAAUAGCGCACGGCUGCACGAUCGUCCGCAGAGGCAAGCUCAGUUUUCCUCUGGUUCUGUAAACCCAAAACACUGCAUUUGCUUGAUCUUGCGUUACUCGUCCGUUCGGUUUCCAUCACUAAUUUUGGUCAGUUCCGAUAACAAAUCUUCACGGCUAAUGUGCACUCUCUAACUCAGAUUCAUCAGGCAUGGAUCUUGAUGUCGACGAAUUCACCUUUCAAACAACGCCCCAGAGUUCGAUCUCGAAGAAAAUCAAACAAAACGAGGUUCUCUAUGACAUAGCCAAGGCCGGCAGUGAAGAAAAUCAACCAGGCGCUUUGGUUAGUGAUGAGAAUGUUAACAUGCCUAACAAGGGUAUGGGGAAAGAAAUUGUUUGUGACAUGUCUUGGGAAAACCAGGUUAAGGACGCUUUGGCCAACAAUCUCAUCAACCCUACUAGUUUAUCUGGAUCAGUGGAUGGUGUUGUUCCACUUAAGAGCUCUGCAUCAGAAUCAAUAAAUUCCAUCAAUGUCCCUGGUUCCAGUUCUGACUUUUCUUCACACAAUGACAAUGAAAAUAAUGAUGAUGAUAAUGAUGCUGGUGGUGAUAUUGAUGAUAUUUCUGACGAUGAUGCCAGUGAUGAUUAUUAUUAUUAUGAUGAUGAAGUUUAUCCAAAUUUGCAAGCCCAAUUUGAUAAAGUGGAUUUUCCGCCUGGUGUAGAGGCAUCAGUUCCAUGGUUGAAGGCCCCUGUGCCAACUGAAAAUAUGCCAGAUUUUACAAGCACUUCGACUUUUCCUACUUCGCAGGCCUGUUCUGAUGGUGGGGUUGUCCCUGUGGGGGGAGAGACUUCUGUAUCCUUAUUUUCAGGUCUUGCUGAAAGCAAAAAGGGUGAGGCGGGUUCAAGCAGUUUUGAAGUUCGUGGAAAGUCGACUUUUGAUGGGAAAGAUGAAGGUAAGGAUGAAGUUGUUAGAAAGUUUGAAGACUUUAAAUGUUUUGAUACUGUUGAAGAUUUUUCGGACCAUCACUUCAACGAUGCCAACUUUGGAGUGGAGGAGCAGGCCAACAAGAACUGGGCAAAGAAAAUUCAAGAGGAAUGGAAAAUUCUGGAGAAGGACUUGCCAGAUACAAUAUUUGUAAGAGUUUGUGAAUCGAGGAUGGAUCUUCUGAGGGCUGCAAUUAUAGGACCUGGGGGCACUCCAUACCAUGAUGGUCUUUUCUUCUUCGACAUUUUCUUCCCAUCUUCCUAUCCUAUUGUACCGCCGAUGGUUUAUUACUAUUCUGGUGGUCUUCGCUUAAAUCCUAACUUGUAUGAAUGUGGGAAAGUCUGCCUCAGCCUCCUCAACACUUGGAAUGGUCAGAAGACAGAGAAGUGGAUCCCACGGAAGUCAACCAUGCUGCAAGUUUUGGUGUCUAUACAAGCUUUAAUCCUGAAUGAAAAUCCAUUUUUUAAUGAGCCUGGGUUUGAAAGUACUUACAAGGGAAAUGAUGGGGUCAUGAGAUCCAAGCAAUACAACGCAGAUGUUUUUAUUCUAUCCUUGAAGACGAUGAUGUAUACACUUCGGAGACCGCCAAAGAAUUUUGAGGACUUUGUUGCUGGUCAUUUCCGUUGUCGAGCGCAUGAUAUCCUUGCGGCAUGCAAGGCAUAUAUUGAUGGUGCUGAGGUUGGUUCAAUGGUCAAAGGAGUUCAGAAUGUUGAAGGGGCUGAUAAGGGUCACUGGAGUGAAUUCAAGACAACGGUGGCCAAGAUGAUGAAUUUGCUCAUUACAGCUUUCACUAAAAAUGGAUCAGAAGGCUGUGAGCAGUUUCGACUUCCAGCAUAGAAGAUUGAGGAGCUACACGACUUGGUGAUCUGCUUUGCUUAUGGCACAGCUUAUGCCUGUGACUUGCAGUGUCACUGUGGUUUUGAUGGUCUUGGCUGGAUAGUUACCAGUUCAGAGAUUUAGAGAUUGUAAUGUACUCUAAAUGGGUGUAGAUGUAUAGAUAUGAGCAGGGGGCAGGGACAUCUGAGGAUGAUGAAAGAGCUUCUACUGAACUGAACUGAACUGAAUUGGACUCUUCCAUUAUUGUGCUUUUACAAGAAUGAUGGCCCCCUCUAAGAAGGAAUAUCUAGCAGUUUCUUAUUUUAUUUUAAUUUUGUUUAUGGAACUAUUUCCCACCAUGCCAUCUAUUAAUAUUUCAUAAUAUAACUCAAUUGUGUGGCAGCAUCUAAUUCCAGCAAGCUGGUUGGGAAUAAAGCACACCUACUCCCAGUAUUAGAUA